UUUGGAACAAAAUUUAUUUAUUUUAUUUAAAUUUAAUGUUUAUUUCAAGAAAAUGUUGAGCAAAAUUGCCAAAUUAUCAUUUAAAAGUUUUGCAUUAAGGUCCAGUGGAUUGUCAACAAAUUCACAAGUCGUUCCAAGCUGGAGAAAAUACAAAAAAAGUUUAAUUUUCGGCAGUUCUGUUGGAAGUCUUUUGCUUUACGACCUUACAAUUCGAGAAUGUGAAACUAUUGGUGCAGUUCAUCGAUUCCUCCGCUCAGCUAUGAUAGCAUGUCAAAUGUCACUCGAUUACCAAAUUGACCUCUUCGGCCUGGACGAGAACUCAGAAGAAUAUAAGACAAAAGUCAAGGAAGUUCAUUUAAAAGCUGCAAAUCGAUUACUUGAAGGAUGUCUGCUUAAUGGCGGACUGUACAUAAAAAUUGGACAAGGAUUUUCAGCAAUUAAUCAUAUCCUGCCAAUUGAGUAUACAGACACGUUAAAGAAGCUUGAAGAUAAGUGCCUGGAACGGAAAAAAGAUGAAGUUAAUCGACUUUUUGUUGAGGACUUUGGAAAGACACCGGAUGAGCUAUUUGAAGAAUUUGACUAUAAACCGAUUGCAGCUGCAAGUUUGGCACAAGUUUUUCGUGCAAAGACUAAAGAUGGACAUGAUGUGGCUGUAAAGGUUCAAUAUAUUGACUUACAAAAAAGAUUCCGUGGUGAUGUUGGAACUAUUUUGUUUCUUCAAGACUUGAUUGCUUUCGUACAUAAAAAUUAUAAUUUUGGAUGGAUGCUUAGGGACUUGAAAAAUUCAGUCCAAAAGGAACUUGAUUUUGUUAAUGAAGCUGCAAAUGCUGAACAAUGUGCUCAGGACCUUAAACAUUUUGAUUUUAUUCACAUUCCAAAAGUUUAUCAUGAAUAUUCAGGCACGAGAGUCUUGACUGCUGAAUUUAUAGAUAAUGCAUGUAAAAUUAGUGAUAUGGACGAGAUUAAAAUGAUGAACUUGAGCUUAAAGGAUAUUGACAUGAAGUUGUUUCAGACUUUUGCAUAUCAAAUAUUUGUCACUGGAUUUACUCAUGCUGAUCCUCAUCCAGGAAACAUUUUUAUCCGAAAAUCUAAAUCAGGCAAAGCAGAGCUAGUUCUUCUUGAUCAUGGCCUGUAUGAAAAUAUACCACAAGAAAUUCGCUACAAUUUGUCAAGAUUCUGGGAAGCAAUUGUACUUCGUGACUACGACUUAAUGAAGAUUUACAGCGACAAGCUUGGAGUUUCGGACCACAAAAGAUUUGCUGAGAUUUUACUUCAAAAGCCACUCGAUGUAAAUAAGUUUAGUUUUGCAACAAAGUAUACAGAACAGGAAGUUGAGUACAUGAAAAAAAUUGCAUCUGAAAGAUUUGACAUUAUUAUGAAUAUUUUACGGGACAUGCCAAGGAACUUAUUGUUUAUAGUUAGAAAUUUAAAUAUUGUUCGCGCAAUUGCUCGUGAGCAUGGUGACAUUGUCGACAGACCUAAAAUUAUGGCACGAUUUGCAAUUUCGUCACUCAUAAAAUCCGGUGGAAAUAUUUUCUCAUUUUUAAAACGUAAAAUCUUUUUCGAAUAUCGAUUAUGGAAAAUUUUCAUGGAAUUUUGGGUCAUGAGGAAUUAUUUAAAGCUUUUGGAGGUACUUGGUCGUGCUCCUGAGGAUACAUCGAUGUUGUUGGACAUGAAUUUUGAUGAGCAAAGAUAAUGACAAAUUUAGCAUUAAGGAAUCGGG